UCCCCUCUCCGCCAUAUUGGUAGGAUUCCGGCGGCAAACCAUGAUUGUUUACAUGUUGUUAACUCGGUAGUAGAGGAGGUUCUCUCGAUUCCGCAUUGUUUUACCAUGCCUGGAAGUCGCUGCGGCGUUAAAAACUGCCCCAGUACCUCGCACGAUUCAUAUGGAAACCAUAGGAAUAAUGGAAUACAGUUUUUUAGGUUACCAAAAUGGACACAGCAUCAGGGAGAGCAAGUCUCUGACCUGACGAGGAGACGCCGGAUUGCUUGGUUGGCUGCAAUAAGAAGAAAGGACCUUACUUUCGAUCUCACCCCCCAGUCGAUGAGAGUGUGUUCUCUGCAUUUUCACUCGGGUAAACCAUCAUAUGGGAUGUUGGAGAACCACCCUGACUGGGCACCAUCCCUGCGGUUAGGACACAAUGAUGUUAAAGAAACAGAUGUAGCGAGAUAUCAGCGGCAAGUAAAGCGCAGGACCCAGCGUCUGGAGGGGCCGCCAGCCCAGGAUUACCAGCAGCCGCUAUCGCCAGCACAUGAUUACCAGCAGCCACUAUCGCCAGCACAUGAUUACCAGCAGCCACUAUCGCCAGCACAUGAUUACCAGCAGCCACUAUCGCCAGCACAGGAUUACCUGCAGCCGCUAUCGCCAGCACAGGACCACCAGCAGCCGCCAUCCCCAGCCCAGGACAAGGAAUGUUGUCUCUGUAUAUUUAGACAAGAGGUUAUCAACAGUCUUUUGGAAGAAAACAGAGAGCUGAAGCGGCAGCUUGAUGAGUACCAGAUGGAUGAGAAAUUGGUGGUGAAGAUAACGUAGUGAAGUUUUACAUGGGGCUUUCAAACUUUGCAUUGUUCCAGACACUACUACUCACCCUCACUCCACAUCUGCCUCAAGGUAGGAUGAAGGAGCUCUCACCCUUCCAGCUUGUCCUAUUGACUUUAAUGGGCCUCAGACUAGACCUUCAAAUACAGGACCUCAGCCAUCUGUAUAAAGUACAUAGGACAACAGUCGCCGAUGCCUUUCACCAUACCCUUGGAGUGAUGUACGCACAGCUGUGUCCAUUGGUGCACUGGCCAAGCAGGGAAUGCUUAUUGAAAGUGGUUUUCUUAACAAACUGUUACCAGGUGACAUUGUGCUGGCGGAUAGGGGCUUUAAUAUGAGAGAAAGUGAGGGCAUGAUGUGUGCUGUUGUAAAAUUACCUACAUUCACAAGGGGUCGUGCACAGCUGGAGCCGAAAGAUGUGGAGGAGACUAGGGCCGUAGCACAUCUCAGAAUUCACGUUGAGAGGGUGAUUGGUGUUGUGCGCAACAAUUUCAAAUUCUUACACUCAACUGUACCUGUGCACAUGCUUGUCAAAUGUGAGGGUAAAAACCUAAUACCUUUAGAUAAGAUUGGCACUGUUAACGAACAUGGGCAAACGUGUUGUUUGAGUUCCUUGUUCAUUACUUUAUUUCUUUGAAAUAAAUGCUUGAAACAACUUGA